AUGCCAAACAACAUGGGAAGGUUAAAACAUCUUCAAAUAUUGACUGGUUUUUAUGUGGGAAGACACAAUUGGUCUAAUUUGAAGGAGUUAGGGAAACUCAUUUAUCUUCGAGGCAGUCUUGAGGUUUCAAAAUUAGAAAAUGUCAAUGAUCCAAUAGUUGCUAGGGAGGCCUGUAUGAAGGAUAAGAAGUACUUAUAUAAAUUGGGACUGCAAUGGAGUGGAAACAAUGAGGAUUCACAGAAUGAAAGGUUCACCUUGGAAGGUCUCCAGCCUCAUGUGAACUUGAAAGAGCUCACUAUUAGAAACUAUGGUGGCACAAGAUUUCCAGAUUGGUUUGAUGCUCCUUAUUUGCCUAAUUUAGUAUCUCUUGUGUUGCGGGCAUGUAAAUAUUGUUUUUGUUUGGCGUCACUUGGGCAACUACCCUCUCUCAGGUCGGUUGAUAUUUCUAAAUUAGAGGGAAUAAAGGAGAUUGGGUUAGAGUUUUAUGGGAAUAAUAAUUUGUCAUGGGCUCCAUUCCCAUCUCUUGUAAAUUUGUUUAUUGCUGAAAUGAUGGAAUGGGAAGAAUGGAUGCAUUUUGAAGGUGAAUGCUUCCCCUGCCUUAAAGAGAUUGUUCUACGAUAUUGUCCCAGGUUAAGAAAGUCACUUCCUCCACACCUGCCAUGUUUAGAAAAGCUAGAGAUUGAACAAUGUGGAGAUUUGGAGCUUGAAUCAUUCCCUACCAAAGCAUUCUCUACUCCUAAACUUGAAUCCAUCCAUCUUUCUGGCUUGACCCAUCUGAAGUCACUUCAUGAAGACAUGCGUACACUUCUUCCUUAUGUCCAUUCUCUAUCACUGUUUUGCUGCCCACAGCUGCACUUAGUUCCUCUGAAAGGAUUGCCUCUGAGCAUUGUCCAAAUUUCAAUCCAUAAUUGUCCCAAACUUUUUGCUUCUCGCAUCAACUGGGGCUUGAGUAGACUUCAUUCUCUCCAAAAGUUCUCUAUUGGUGGAAGUUUUGAAAAUGUGGAGUCUUUCCCAGAAGAGGGAUUGCUGCCACCCAAUCUCAAAGUUCUUAGAUUUGAAGGAUGUUCAGAUUUGGUCAAACUAAAUAGCAGUGGCUUUCUCCCUCUCACAUCUCUUCAAUGCCUAAAUCUCCAAUGCUUGCCAGAGGAAAGUUUAUCGAGGUCGCUUUCCCAUUUAUUUAUUAAUGGGAAUUGUCCAUUUUUGAGACAACGGUACCAAAAGAAUGGACAAGAGUGGCAUAAAAUUUCGCACAUCCCUUGGCUUUGUAUUAGCUAA